UAGCCGUUGGCGAGAACGAGAAGUGGCUCAUAAAGUCAGAACCAAAGUAUUCGUACACUCCACUCAAUUCGUUGUGCAUUGUUUAUCUUGUAAUUAAAUUUUAUUUUUACGCAAUGAACCGUACGAUAAAAAAGAUGUUCCAGAACGGAUGUGAUGUGUCUGCGAGCAAGGUGGGGAAUUUUAUCGAGGAACACCUCGACGAUAUCAUGAAAGAAGGGCUGGAAGAGGAAUCAUUAGGCUUAUUUGUAGAUUUCUUCGUCUCACCGGAUUCAAGUUUAACGAAUCAACAGAGGCAAUUAAUUUUACAUAUUUUAGUUCCAAAUACCAUUAUGUCAGCUGAAAACGUUGAAAAGUUGUUGUUUUGGCUAUUCUCCAACACGAUUACAAAUCCUCCAUCAGCAGCAAUGCUAAUAACGUGGUUAGAAAUUAUGGUUCAGUUUGAAUUAGUUGAUCAAACACCUCUAAGGGAAAUGUAUGGAUUUCUAAUUAAAAACCUCAGAAUAAGUGAACUUGUCAAACCAUUGAGCAAACUUCUAAUUGCUGUAACACAUCCAAAACUGGUCACCAAAAGUAAUGUUUUCCUUGUGUCUACAUUUUACAAUUCUGAUAUUAAAGAAGUUGGUAAACUUCUCGCUUUGUACCACUCAUUGUGCCCCUCUUUAGUGCCAGUCAAACCAAAAGUAGUUAAAUGUCCAAAUUCAAAAGAGAAGAACUUGUCAAUUUUUGAAGAAUGUAUUAAACGUGUCUGUCAAAAAAAUGGUCACAUUACGAGGAAAUCAAAGGAUACCCAAUGUGUUCUUAAUAGUCUACCGUUUCCUGAAUACGAUUUAAUGGAUAAUGAUAAAAGAAGUGACUUAAAAAAAAUUUCAGAUAUUUCAAGCAUGUAUGAUCUAGGUUUGAAAAUGAAGAGUGUUAAAUUGCCGCAUAACCUUAUAUCACUUCUCUCCUCAAAAGAAGGCUUAAUGUAUUUAGUAACGAAUGGACCAAAUACACAAUUCCUCGUAUCACUCUCAUUAUGUUUGCAAAACGAACCAAGUGAAAAUUUACUGAAAUCAAUUGCUGAAUUGCAAGAGCAAUUAAUGCAUGGUCUACCGCAAGUCACUGACUAUCUGUCUGACUUUCUCAUUACCUGGGAUGGUAACCACCUGGACCAGACAAUUUACCGCCUAAUCCCCUGGCUAUACUUUGAAACUUUUCAUGACUUAGAGAAGCUUGUUUUAACUCCAUUGGCAAGAGUAUAUGUAUCAUCGAGUGCAGAGGUUAAAAUACAAAUUGUUGAUGCUCUCACUCUUUUUAUUAUAAAUAUAGUUUCAGUUAUUAUAGAAAGAUAUACUAAAGGAUUAUCCUCUCCUGGUCUUAAAAAUGCAAAAUGGUUAUCAAAUCCAACUGAUACUGUUAUAUCUCUUUGUAAAGUUAUGCAUAAACUACUUAAUGUUGGGGUCUGCCUUGAAGGAAUGGAUUGCACAUUAUUGAUCAACAAGUGCCUUGAAGUCUAUCUUAAACUUGCAGAUCUUCAAGUUGAUUUUGCCCUUAUCUUUCUUAGUGUUGUUCCACCGGUAGUUGUUUAUGGGGCCCUAUUUUCUUUGAACCAUUUGACACUGUCACAACUGUGUUCUCUGAUUACUAAGUAUAAACAAAAUGUAAUACCACGUUUAACCUCAAUUGGAGUGAUUUCUCAGUUCCAGCAUGAAGUCGAAUGCAUAGAGAGUUAUGCAGCAAAUAUAUUCUCCUAUUUAUGGAGAGGAGAGGAAGGGGAAGAUAUAAUGAGCCGGGUGGAAUUUUCGGCAUUGGAUAGUCAAACAGCAGUGAAAAUCACAAUUGGAAAAAGACACUUGGGUAUUUAUCCUUUUGUCAACCAGUUGGCUUCUCUAUUGGAGAAAAACCCGGAUGACUUAUCCAGGGAUGAUUUACUUGCAAUAUAUACUAGCCAUGCUAGAGAAAUUUCUGAAUUUUUGAAGUGCCAAGCAUCCUACGAGUCUGAGCUAUCUAUUGUCUGAAACUAACAAUAAUUUAGACGAAGAAGAAAGAAUUCAUAUCAACUUAAUUACUGAAUCAAUUCCCAUAAUGUAACUGCAACAAAUUCAAAAAGAAACUGAACAUGAUAAAACAUCUUAUAUUCUUAAAAAUGUAUAAA